UCUUCUUCUUCGCCUCCCUCCUCCUCCAGUACUCUGCCGCCAAGCAAUCCACAUCCACCCGCCCCCAACGGAUCCAACGCUCGCAGGAACGCCGUCUCGAUCGCCAGCGAAGCUCUCCGGGAUCCGCCUCGCGCCCAACGCCCGUUUGGUUGCUGGUCCCUGUCUCGUUUCUUGAAUCUCGUCCGCGCGCGUGCUAGUCUCCAGGAUCUCGUUUCUUGAAUCGAUUUGGCUUACGGUUUCUCGUCGAUUUCCGCGUCGAAUUGAAUUGCUCUGUAUGUCUUGAAUCUUGUUCGCAUCGAUUGUUUCUUGCUGUUCUUGAUGACUCUGACCGACAUGACAUCACCAGAGAGGAGCAGCGGGGGAUGUGCGUCAUCGUGGCCGCCGCUCCAGGAGGCCGGCUCCAGCCCCUACAUGUCGUCGCUCUGCUCGCCGUCCGGCAUCCCCGCCGUCAAGCGAUAUGGCGACAGGUUCAUCCCCAACAGGUCCGCGAUGGACAUGGACAUGACGCACUACCUUCUGACGGAGCCGAGGAAGGACAAGGAGAACGCGGCGACACCGUCGCCGGCCAGGGAGGCGUACCGGAGGUUGCUACCUAAGAAGCUGUUUAACAACCACACCAGGAUCCUCGCUUUCCAGAACAGGCUGCCUGAGCCUGCCAACAACUUCCUCGCAGAGCUGCGUGCCGAUGCGGCUUCCAUCCAGGACAAACCGGCGAAGCAGCGUCGAUACAUCCCUCAGUCCCCAGAGAGGAUGCUGGAUGCGCCAGGCCUCGUUGAUGAUUACUGCCUUAACCUGCUGGACUGGGGGAGCGCCAAUGUGCUGUCGAUUGCACUGGGCAACACGGUAUACCUUUGGGACGCCUCAAGUGGCUCGACGUCUGAGCUCGUUACCGUUGAUGAGGACGAUGGCCCUGUCACUAGUGUUAGCUGGGCUCCUGAUGGCCGCCACAUUGCUAUUGGCCUCGACUCCUCAGCUGUCCAGCUCUGGGAUUCCACCUCUAACCGACUGCGGAGAAUGCUGCAAGGUGUGCAUGAGUCGAGAGUUGGUUCACUGGCAUGGAACAACAACAUCCUGACCGCUGGUGAUAUGGACGGCAAGAUUGUGAACAAUGAUAUGAGGAUUAGGAACCAUGCCGUGCAGACAUACCAUGGGCACCACCAGGAGGUGUGUGGACUUACGUGGUCAGGAUCAGGGAAGAGGUUGGCCAGUGGUGGGAACGACAGCCUCCUCCACAUAUGGGAUGUGUCUAUGGCAUCGUCUGCACAAUCUACAGGUCGCACCCAAUGGUUACACAGGCUUGACGACAACUUGGCUGCCGUGAAGGGGCUUGCAUGGUGCCCAUUUCAGAGCAACCUGCUGGCAUCCGGCGGUGGCGUAGGUGACAGAUGCAUCAAGUUUUGGAACACACACAUUGGCGCAUGCCUUAACUCUGUUGACACUGGGUCACAAGUGUGUGCACUGCUCUAGAACAAGAAUGACAGAGAGCUGUUGAGCUCGCAUGGUUUCACGCAGAAUCAGCUCGCCCUAUGGAAGUACCCGUCGAUGGUUAAGAUGGCUGAACUCAAUGGCCAUGCUUACCCUGUCCUCUACAUGGCCCAGAGCCCUGAUUGUUAACAUGUAUUGUAUAAACUCAUGUAUGUGUACUCUAGUCCGCUCCUGAUCUUUAGGAUCUGAGCCCUCGCCCAGGCCUGCGUGCCACCUAGUUCGGGCUCCCUUGUAACUUCUUGUAUAAAUUGUACAGUCCGCAUCCAAGGCAAUACACAGAGCAAAUUCUAUCGCCUAA